CUUUGUGAAAGUUGGUGAUCAUGUUUUGGAGGUUGCAAUCAGAGAGGAAUCAAUUGCCGCUGUUGCUGCUAAGUCUACUCUGCCUUCUUCCUACAGGGCUGCCUGUACGCAGUGUGGAUUUAAACCGGAGCACCGACAACAUCACGGUUCGGCAAGGGGAUACAGCGGUCCUCAGAUGUUACAUAGAAGACAGGAGCUCCAAGGUGGCAUGGUUGAACCGCUCAGGCAUCAUUUUCGCCGGACAGGACAAGUGGUCCCUGGACCCUCGGGUAGAGCUGGACAAGAGAAGCGUGCUUGAGUACAACCUGCGCAUCCAGAAGGUGGACGUCUUUGAUGAGGGACCCUACACCUGCACUGUGCAGACCCAGCACCACACCAAGACCACCCAAGUCUAUCUGAUCGUGCAAGUUCCACCAAAGAUCUCCAACAUCUCCGCAGACAUCACUGUGAACGAAGGCAGCAACGUGACUCUGGUGUGCAUUGCCAACGGGCGCCCCGACCCCAUCAUCACCUGGAGGCACCUCAACCCUACAGAUAACGGCAGGCUGAGAAUGGCCGAAGCAUUGAUCACACAUGCCUUCAAUUACCGCAGCGUCGCUGGGGAUAAUUGUGGAUUUGCAGAGGAGCCAAGGUGGGCAGGCAGCGUUGUGUCAGAAGAGACAGUGGAAGAGAUGCGCCUGUUUACAAGUGUCCGCGGUUCUCAGGAAGAUGCGGCUUCAGGCUGCCUGAGGUCCCACGCUUGCUGGGGACCUUGGCAGCUGCAUCCAUUAAAAAACGUAAAGUGCCGGUAUGGGCACUUAGUGUCUUGUGUCCGGGUGUCAACUGGCUGGAAACCCGGAGACAAGACUCAAAAACCAGACUGUCAGGGUGAAUCCCGAACAGGUGGCUACCCUAGUCCUUGA